GUACUCUUUUUGCACUUUGUUUUGAUUUCUCAUCGGCACGAUCGCCAGAAGUAUAAAAGUCCAGCUUUCAGGGCCCUUUCGGUCUUAUCAAAAAACUUUUAUCUCAGAUUAUGAAAACACUUUUGGUAUUCGCCAACUUUGCACUUUUAAAUACUCUACUUGUACUUUUAGCAGCAGUCGCCUUUGAAACGCCGCCCCAUACUUUCAUUAACACCGCGCACACAACACCAACAACAGCAACACCAAUGGCCAGCAAAAUUAUUAAGCAAGUUACCCGCGUCGUCACUGCUCAGCGCAAGCGUGAAGGCGGGGGCUUUAUGGUCCGCCGCCCGCUGCCCUCAGGCAGCCUUGAUUACGCCGACCCCUUCCUCAUGCUUGACCACCUGGGCCCCGUAGACUACGCUCCCGGAGAGGCUGUUGGCGCCCCCGACCACCCCCACCGUGGCUUCGAGACUGUAACCUACAUACUGGACGGCGAGUUCGAGCAUCACGACAGCCAUGGCAACCACGGCCUCCUCAAAUCCGGAUGGGUGCAGUGGAUGACUGCAGGCAGCGGCGUCAUUCACAGUGAGAUGCCUUCGGAUAAACAGCUCAAAAACGGCGGUCGCUUCCACGGAUUCCAAAUCUGGGUCAACCUCCCGGCCAAGGAUAAGAUGAUUCAGCCGCGCUACCAGGAUGUGCCGCCCGAGGAUAUCCCCUGGUUUACGUCUGCCGACAAAAAGACUAACAUCAAGGUCGUCGCCGGCCAAGUCGAGGACGUCACAGCCAACAUUGACACGCACACCCCGAUCUAUUUCCUCGAUCUGCGCACCACUGGCAAGUACGAGCUCAACAUUCCCGAGGGCAUGAGCGCGAUGGCCUACAACUACCACCCUUCGGCGAUUCUGGUUGGACAGGAGAAGACCAAACUCGCAGAGAGCCAGAUGGCUGUGAUCAAAACACAGGGCCAGACUGUGGUAUUCGAGGCCGCUGAAGACGCUGAGAAUGGCGAAGGGAAGAAGGAGGCCCGCGUGCUGAUUCUUGCGGGCACGCCCAUUGGCGAAGAAGUUGCCAGAUACGGCCCAUUUGUCAUGAACACUGACGAAGAACUUUACCAGGCAUUUGCCGAUAUGGAAAGCGGCCGCUUCGGAACAAUUCCCGGAAGUUCGGAACGCAUGCGCAAGACUCACGAGGCUAAUGAAAUUCGUAGGAACGCCGGCAAGGAGUAAAUAAAUAUCUAUGGAUACACCCUAUGCCAACUGUCAACUAGAGACUACAAACCUACGACGUGUAUUUUUAUUUUUAUUUUAACUUUUAUUUACUGUUUAUUGACAAUGUAUAGCACUUGUUAAAUUA